AUGAUAGGCAAAUGUCUCGUCAACGGCACCGCCGCUGCCCCUCUCCUGUACUCCCCCGUCAGCCUUAGCUUCUGGGGAGGCGUCAACCCCCAGUCGGGCGAGAUCGUUGACUGCCAUCACCCUCUGCGCGGGGAAUCCAUCGCUCAUCGCAUCCUGGCUAUCCCCUGCAGUCGAGGAUCCUGUUCUGGUAGCACGGUGAUGCUGGAGUUGCUGCUGAAUGGUUGUGCGCCGGCCGGGUUGAUUGUCGAGCAGCCUGAGGAGAUCUUGACCCUGGGGGUGCUGGUGGCCCAGGUUCUCUUCCAUCGAUCCCUUCCAGUCAUCAUCCUCUCCCACAACUUCCAUCAUCUCUCUGGCUAUACUUAUGCGUCCAUCGACGAGGGACAGGUGUCCCUCAGUGAAACCCCUCUGUCCGUCCCUCAAUCGCCUCCAUGUCUCUCAUCGAGAUCUCGCAUCGAUCUGUCUCCCUCCGAUCAGGCCAUUCUCGCAGGAGAAAAGGGCCCCGCCGCCAAAAUGGCUCUCGAGAUCGUUGUCGAAUUCGCGGCCAUGCAGGGUGCCCCCGCACUAAUUGACGUGACGCGCGCUCACGUCGACGCCUGCAUCUACACCGGCCCCGCCAGCCUGCGAUUCGCCCAGACCUUUCAGUCCCUGGGAGCCCGCUUCGUGCUGCCCACCACGCUGAACGCCAUCUCCAUCGACCAACGACGUUGGCGUGAGCUAGGCGUGGACCCUGAUCUGGCUGCGCAGGCCGGUACCCUGGCCAACAUCUACCUAGCCAUGGGCGCCCAGCCCAGCUUCACCUGUGCCCCCUACACCCUGGAUGACGCUGUGCCUGUCGUCGGCGAGAAUAUCGGCUGGGCCGAGUCCAAUGCCGUUGUCUACGCCAACAGCGUGCUGGGUGCCCAUACCCAGAAGUAUCCCGACUUUGUCGACGUCUGCAUCGCCUUGACCGGUCGCGCUCCCUCGGCCGGCUGUCAUACGGUGGAUGGACGUCGGCCCGCCGUCGCCAUUCACCUCCCACUGGUCGAGGCCAUCGAUGACGCCAUUUUCGCAGUGCUGGGAUACCUGGUGGGCAAGCACGCGCAGCAUCGCGUCCCUUGGAUCACCGGAAUGCAGCAUCUGCAGCCGCGGCGCAUGCAUCUCAAAGCUUUCAGCGCCGCCUUUGGCACUACCGCGUCGGCCGCCAUGUACCACAUGGACGGCGUGACCCCCGAGGCGGACCAGUUCGCGGAGGAUGCCUCGCAUCUCCCUCGCAUCGACCUCCAACCCGCCGAGAUCGCCCACUGUCGAUGCGCCCUCACUUCCGCCACGGACCCGUCCGUCGGCUUGGUCUCCCUGGGUAACCCGCACUUCUCGCUGGAGGAGUUCGAGGCGCUGCGGCCGCUCUGCAUCGGCCGUCGGAAGAAUCCCGCGGUCGAGUUUGUCAUCACCACCAGUCGCAGCACCUACGAGGCGGCCGCCACGGUAGGCAUCGUCGAUGUUCUGGAGGAGUUCGGGGCGGUCAUCAUCACGGACACCUGCUGGUGCAUGCUGGGCGAGCCUGUGGUGCCGCCGGGCGUCCGCAAUCUCAUGACGAAUUCGGCCAAGUAUGCGCAUUAUGCACCAGGGAUGGUGCAUCGGGGAGUACAUUUUGGGAGCUUGGCCGAGUGUGUGGAGGUAUCCGUGCUGGGCCAUCGAUCUGCAUAG